CGUUACUUCCUGUUCAAUAACGCUUCAUGCGCUUUUAGUCAAUAAUCCAGAUUAUACACAUUCUGGUCGAACCAGUGAAUUAUUUACCACGUAAACAAAUGAAAGUCUAGCUGGAGUUAACCGGGACGCAGUUGCGAUGGGUCUGCUGACGAUUUUGAAGAAGAUGAAGCACAAGGAGCGGGAGAUGAGACUGCUGAUGCUAGGUCUGGACAACGCGGGGAAGACCACCAUUCUGAAGAAGUUUAAUGGAGAAGAUGUGAGCACCAUCUCUCCAACACUGGGCUUCAACAUCAAAACCCUGGAGCACAGAGGGUUCAAGUUGAACAUUUGGGAUGUCGGGGGCCAGAAGUCGCUGCGGUCCUACUGGAGGAACUACUUUGAGAGCACAGACGGGCUGGUGUGGGUGGUGGACAGCGCGGACAGACUGAGGAUGGAGGACUGCAGGCAAGAGCUGAGCGCACUGCUGCUGGAGGAGAGGCUAGCCGGCGCCACGCUGCUGGUGUUUGCCAACAAACAGGACUUACCAGGAGCGCUGUCCAAAGAGGCCAUACAGGAGGUGCUGGCUCUGGAUGAGAUUAAAAGCCAUCACUGGUGCAUCAUUGGCUGCAGCGCUGUAACAGGAGAGAACCUGCUGGCCGGAGUGGACUGGCUACUAGACGAUAUCGCUGCAAGGAUCUUCACUGCUGACUGAAGAGGGAGUGAGAGUGUGUGUGAAUGUGUGUGUGUGUGUGUGUGUGUGUGUGUGAGUGAGUUAAUGUGUCUUACUAUGGAGGAAAAACUGCUACUAAAACUGUUAAAAUACCAAUCUCUUUGACUCUGCAACACAUUGGUUGGAGGCGCAGGUGAUUAGCGCUUGUCUUGUAGGUUCAGUCACGUCUGCAGUGUCAUGAUCUGACUGCAGACGUCAGGACUAACAGGGAGCGAGGAACUGGCUACUUUUAGUGUCUGUACCAAUCAGGCUGUGUGCUUCCCUGUUUGUUGUUUGAUGUAAAUACAGAAUUCAAAUGUAAGUGCAUGCAGCACAGUAACAGAAACAAAGCCUUUCAUCAGACAUGGACUGCCCACUGCAGGAGACAGUCAAGAUGAAGAUUUAAUCUCCUGUGUGUAUAUGCCUCUGUGUGUGUGUGUAUAUGUAUGUAAGGCACUGACAGGUGAGAACCAUGAGUAGCUCCUGCUUUUAUACUCUCCAAACUUGUCAAUUGACAAGUUGUGCCUCACUGUUUUCUAAUAAACUUUGAUGUCUGCUCUA